AUGUUCGCCCUCACACUCACAGCCGAGCUCUCCGGAGUAACAAACCUCCGCCCAACCGACACAAAAGAACACCCCUUCUGGUACACCUUUAAAGUCCAAUGCACCUCCUGCAGAGAAGUCCACCCCAAACCCGUAGGCGUCAGCAGAUUUGAAGAAAACGAAAUGUCCGGCUCCCGCGGCGAAGCCAACUUUGUCUGGAAGUGCAAGAACUGCAAGCGCGAAUCCUCCGCCUCCAUCCAAACCGCCCCAACCCCCUACCAACAAGGCGAGCCACCCAAGUCCCAAAAGAUCAUCACCUUCGACUGCCGCGGCCUCGAAUUCGUAGAAUUCAUCCCCGAGGGCGAGUUCGAGGUCGACGGCCUAGAGUCCAACACUAAGUUCACCGGCGUGGAGCUCAACGAAGGGGAGUGGUUCGAGUAUGACGAAAAGGCUGGUGAUGAGGUCAGUAUCAAGGAGUUGAAGUGGGAUAUUGUAAGGGCUUAG